AUGCCUUCCCUUAGAAUCGAGUUCAAGGGUUACACUGAUCAAAAGGGUGAGGAACUCGCCCGUUCUGGUGCAAGCUCAUCACCAACCAGCGAAGUGAACGUUGACAACAGUCUACCAGGGGAGAACGAGGCUCCCCAUCUGCCAGUAAAAGAUCAAGAAACAGGCGAGGUGGAGUCAAUAGACACACUCAAACAACGACUAAAACUUGCGGAACAAAACUGUGCAAGGCUUGAAGAACUUUAUCAAACAUACAGACUUCGUUGGUUAGAGGAAAAUUAUCAGGCAAGUGUGCUAGAAGUAUACGCACCGGCCGGAAUCGAUACCUGCUCUCUGCGUCAGCUCGCAUGGAAUGCUCCUUCUCCGAUCCAAAGCAAAGGCGAAGUUGAGUAA